AGCUCAGAGCGUCUUCCUUUGUGAGUUCAUUCAGAAACAUGGAAAAGAUGAAGCUGAUUCUCAUUGCGUUGGCCUUCGUUUCUGCGGUUAUCUCCGUUAGAUCUGAGUCUGAGUCUUUCUCUCCACUGUCUUUGAUAGAAAACGAUGCCGUUCCAGUGGCAGCUCAAUCUCUCAUGGUCCCCCUCCAUCUCAUUCAAGGAGCUGCUUCUAAAGGGGCUGUAUGUUUGGAUGGAACAUUGCCUGGUUACCACUUGCAUCCUGGAUUUGGAUCUGGUGCAAAUAGUUGGCUAAUUCAAUUGGAAGGAGGAGGAUGGUGUAAUACCAUCAGAAAUUGUGUCUUUAGAAAGACUACUCGUCGUGGUUCCUCAAAAUACAUGGAAAAACAACUACCAUUCACUGGGAUAUUGAGCAAUAAAGCUGAAGAAAACCCUGAUUUCUUUAACUGGAACAGAGUGAAAGUAAGGUACUGUGAUGGGGCAUCUUUCAGUGGAGACAGUCAAAAUGAGGCUGCUCAGCUUCAAUUUCGCGGACAAAAAAUAUGGCUAGCUGCAAUGGAGGAAUUAAUGUCCAAGGGAAUGCAAAAGGCAAACCAGGCUCUUUUAUCCGGAUGCUCUGCGGGUGGUGUAGCAUCUAUAAUACACUGUGAUGAGUUCCGGAGCUUGUUUCCUACAUCUACCAAAGUGAAGUGUUUGAGUGAUGCGGGGUUUUUUCUUGAUGAAAUUGAUGUAUCUGGGGGGCACACACUGAGGAAUCUGUUUGGAGGUGUAGUUAAAUUACAGGAAGUGCAAAAAAGUCUGCCAAAGAGUUGUCUCAACAAACUGGACCCAACAUCGUGCUUUUUUCCUCAGAAUUUGAUUAACCAUGUUGAAACUCCAUUGUUUCUUCUCAAUGCCGCUUAUGAUGCAUGGCAGCUCCAACAAAGUUUAGUCCCACCUUCGGCAGAUCCCCAUGGCUCUUGGAAUGAAUGUAAAUCAAAUCAUGCAAAUUGUAACUCAUCUCAGAUUCAGUUCCUCCAAGAAUUCAGAAAUCAAAUGCUAAAUGAUGUGAAAGACUUCUCAAGCACAUCUCAAACUGGAUUAUUCAUAAAUUCUUGUUUUGCUCAUUGCCAGUCUGAGAGACAAGAUACAUGGUUUGCUGAUGACUCUCCACUUAUUAAUAACAUGCCAAUUGCAAUUGCUGUUGGAGACUGGUAUUUUGAUCGGACAGCUGUCAAAGCUAUUGACUGUGCUUACCCCUGCGACAAUACCUGCCACAAUCUUGUCUUCAAUGUUGGUAGAUCUGUCAUGGUGGACUCCCAGUCCACAAGUGAUGAUGGCACAUCUACCAUGAUUUAUUCCCGUUCCAUGAGGUUGAGUUUUAGCAUUGGCCUUUGUAUGCUAAGUUCUUUAUUGCCAAUUACAUGCUUCUAGUCCUAGUGCACUUUGGUCACUUUUGGCCCCAUAAAGCAAAUGCACUGUGGGGCGGUUUUGGUCCCUCUAAAGCUAGUAAAUGUGUAAAGUGAGAAAAUAAAAGUGUAUAUACUGUUAAUUGAAAGCUAGUUAAAAUUACAAGGUACUUCAAUUCUAAUUAAUGUUAGAUGCACGGUUACUUUCUCACGUUUUACAUUUGCUCACUUUAGAUGAACUAAAUCUAAGGUCCAUUUGUCCUUGUUCAGUCUUCCAUUUAACUCAAUUAGAAUUAUGUCAGCUAUUAAUUAAACGUGACCUAGGAUCAGCUAUGGAUGUUUUAGGACUCGAGAUCUUGAAAAACCAAUCUCGUUGUAAAGGAGUUUAAGAAAGGUGUUAUGUUAUUGAAAAUUGAAUUACAUCAAGGUGCAAGCUGUACAAAAGGUAAUGGUUGGCAGAUGCGUUUUGUAGCUUGAUAUAGGCUUUAUUAUGUGCAACAUAGGACACAACAAUAUAGGCUUCAUAAUCAUGAACUCCAAAAGGAGCAAGGAGAAAAAAGAUUUUGAGGCACUCGAUGUGUGAUGAUUUGGUUUGACUUAUUUCAAAUAAAUUUUAUAUAUAUAUAAUUUUUUGAGAAAACUUGUUUUAAUAAAUGCAAUUAUUUCUCAAAAAGAAUUGGUUCCCAAACAUGGGCUAACUGGAAGCUUUGCAGCAUUGAGUUCAAUUAGAUCAUUGGGUGGAUAAGAGAUUAGAGUGCUAGCGUAGGUUGUGAUGAUGAU